AUGCUACAUUCUAUAACCCUGGUGGGGCGAUGUGAUAUUUGCCACAGGUUACGCUCAACGUGUAAAAGCCGGAGAGAAACGUCACUUCCGUUAGCCCCUGCCUUUUACCACGAGCAGCCCCGUCUGUCUUUCUUUUCGCUCAUCAUGGCGGACCGGUUCCAUAAGGUUCUGCUGCUUGAUGGCAGGGGCCAUCUCCUGGGCCGGCUUGCUGCCAUCGUGGCCAAACAGGUCCUUCUCGGACACAAAGUUGUGGUGGUGAGAUGUGAAGGAAUCAACAUCUCUGGCAACUUCUACCGCAACAAACUGAAGUACCUUGCUUUCUUGCGUAAGAGGAUGAACACCAACCCCUCUCGCGGACCGUACCACUUCAGAGCUCCAAGCAGGAUCUUCUGGAGGACCGUAAGAGGCAUGCUUCCCCACAAAACCAAGAGGGGUCAGGCAGCUCUCGACAGGCUGAAGGUGUUCGAUGGAAUCCCUCCUCCCUACGACAAGAGGAAGAGAAUGGUCGUCCCCGCUGCACUUAAAAUUGUGCGCCUGAAGCCCACUCGCAAGUUUGCUCUGCUGGGGCGCCUGGCUCACGAGGUCGGCUGGAAGUAUCAGGCGAUCACAGCUACUCUGGAGGAGAAGAGGAAGGUGAAGUCCAAGCUGCAGUACACCAAGAAAAAGACUCUGGUCAAGCUGACCAGGCAGGCAGAGAAGAACGUGGAGAGCAAGAUUGCAAAAUACACAGAUGUCCUGAAACAUUAUGGAGUUCUUGUCUGAGCUGGUGUUCUCUGGCCAAUAAACGAAAAAGUUCCAUGUUCAUACAAA